AUGGGGCUUGAAGGAAAUGUAUCAAGCUCAUCUGCUACUUUGGAGCUUUUGUCCAAGUACGACAAUCACGUCUCUGAACGAGACGAAAAACUGCCAAAGUUUGAAAGGGAAAAUAGCGCUUCAAUACCUUCGGGCAGCUUAGAAGGUCCUGGUGAGCUCAGUUACGAUGAGCUUCUCAAAGAGAAUGUUAAAUUGAGACUGCAACUACAGGAAUACGAGACCGAGAUGGUAAGUUUAAAAAAAUUCGUCGAGAUGCUGAAAUCAGAUCGCAGCGCACAGUUGGAAACCGUUAGGCAGCAAUUGGUUGUUGAAGAAAGAGGGAUUGAAGAUGGGGCGGCAGCUAAAAAAGAUUCACAACCGGCUUUACCACCACGAUCUGCCGACAGAAAGCGGAAUGCCAAAAACUUGAGUCUCAAUUCCGUCAGUGACCCUACGAUUCCAGAUCUGAGGUUUCGGAACCUUCUUUCCCCCGCAGAUGUCGGUCUGAAAAGGACUGGUCCUCAUAAUGACAGCACACCAAUUCUUCGACAACACGAGGAUAACGAACACGUUCUGUCACCAAGUGAACUUGAUCGCAUCCGAAGAUCUAGCUCCUCAUAUUCAAAUUUCGCAGCAGCCAGUCCUGCUACUUCAGUCGCUUACACAACAUCCAGAAUAUCGCCUUCUAAAAGUAACAAAAAUUUUGCCGCAAAAGAGGACGAAUCGACCAUCAAUAUGUCGGACAAGAGCGGCUCUUCACGCCAAAACACCAAAGGUGCUGCCGCCUCCAUACAUGAAUCUUUCACUUCUCCAUUGAGGCAGGUGUCAAACAGUAGCAGCCAUCAUAAUUUGACGGACAAUUCGGCACGCAAAGCAUAUCCAAAGAGCCCAGUCCCAAAUCUUCUUGCAACGGAGGGCAAUCCCGGCGAGUUCUCUCCUUCUUCGAAACGCAACCUCAAUAACUUUGCUGAUAUGUUGGAUUCUACUUUUGAGAGUCAGGGUCCUUCGUCUCCUCAAAGGGGACUUGCCAUUCAGCAAGAUGGAUCGCGAGCCCUGGGCUCACCGGUGGCUUUGAAAAAGCCGGUGGCGUCACCAGUUUCAGGCCAAUCGUUAAUGAGCUCCACAAAGCUGCAAAAUCCCGCGAAUGAGGAACGGCCUCUCAUCAGUACCAUGGCCUCUUCGACAGGUUCAUACAGUUUCUCUACAGAAGAUCAACAAUCUCCAAGGUCUUUUAGUACUAAAAGUCAUCCGCGUACAGAGAACGAAGGAACUUUUGGUACUGAUCAGAUAGCUCAAGUCACGUCAACUCCGUCCGCUGCUGAUGCUCGAAGCAUAGUCUCAGACAUACCAUUGUUUUUACAGCCGAACGAGCUUAAUGGUAUCAGAAUCGAGAUCUUGAGUACUCUGUAUCGCGAUCAAGAGAGAUUCCAUGAUGACAACUCUAUACUGUUCAGUGUCAUUGACAAAAAGUCCGCGAAGGAAAUUUUUAGAUUUGCGAAAACCAUAGAUCGCGUCUAUGAGUUAGAUGUCUACCUCAAAUGUCAUAUGGACACAAUAAUGCUCCCGCCACUACCCGAAAAGCAGUUCUUCGACUCGUGUUCUCCAGUUAAAGUAGAUUACAGGAGGGACAAGCUCAAUGAUUAUUUCAGCUGUCUUUACAAUUCUACAAACCUCUCCCCACUGAUAGCGCUAAAGAUGGCGAAAUUCAUAAGUACCGACACCGUCAUAAGCUCUUUUAUUGGUGGGUAUACGAAAGAAGGUGUUUUGCUUAUGCGUAAAAGUAAGGCGUUGGGAACUCCCAAUACGUGGCGUCUCACUUAUGGUGUCUUGAAUAAUGGUACUUUGUCGCUUCUUGAUCACGGUCAAGUUACUGAGAACAUCAAACUAAACUAUGCGGUGAUUGAACUCCAGGCUAACUUGCCAGACGAUAGAUAUGGUACUAAGAAUGGGUUUAUUGUCAUUGUGCCCAAGAAGAGCGGCCUCUCGAGCGGGACCAAGUACUAUUUUUGUUGUGAAAGUCCGAAAGAAAGAGAAUCGUGGAUCUCAACUCUUACCGAAUUCGUCGAGUCCUCAGUUAUGUCCAAUACUUCUACUUACGCGAAAUCGGAAAGCUCAAGCAUGCUUGAUCAUACAUCUCUUGGAGAUGCUGUCAGUGAUUCAACCCCUAGCUAUAUUGGCCCCAUGGCGAAUCUUCAGCCUGCCGUAAAAACUCCAGCUGCUUUUAAUGCGGACACAAUACCCACAGAAGAUGAUAAAGAGUCUAAAAGAAGUCGAAUGCGAAGUUUUUUCCCUUUCAAGAAGGUCAAUGUCUCUCAGAUGCCCGAUUCUGACCUUACCGCGGAAGGUAAUCAAGCACAACCAGUGCCCGGACUGGAUGAGCUUUCAAUUGCGAAAACGCUGCAGUCUAUGAAUUUGGCCAAUGUGGUAUCAACAGACAAAGUUUUUGGGUCAGAUCUGGAUCAUUGCUUAUCGUUGAGUUCUCAACUAUACCAGGGCAGGUUCAAAAUACCCAGCUUGGUGUAUCGAUGCCUAGAAUACCUUUACCGCAACCGUGGCUUGGAGGAAGAAGGCAUUUUCCGAAUAAGCGGCUCAACUGUGCUCAUCAAGUCGUUACAAGAACAGUUCGACAAAGAAUAUGAUGUCGAUCUCUGUAGCUUUAACGAAAAUGUUGUGACAGAAGAAAUACAAAAAAACUCUUAUAGCACCGGACUUGUUGAUGUUAAUACCGUGACUGGAUUGCUCAAGCUUUAUCUGCGGCAGAUGCCUCAUUCGAUUUUCGGUGAUGACAUGUUUAUCGCUUUCAAAAAUGUCAUAGACAGCGAAAAGAACGCAAGUCAAGUAGCACUGAAAUUCCGCCAAUUGGUGAACUUGGAUGAAAUGCCAUUCGAAAAUCUGUCUUUGAUGUAUGUUUUGUUCGAACUGCUGGUGAAAAUCAAUCAAAAAUCAUCCAUCAACAAGAUGAACUUGCGAAACUUGUGCAUUGUAUUUUCGCCCACUUUAAACAUACCGGUAAAUGUGAUUCAACCAUUUGUGGUUGAUUUCGGUUGUAUUUUUGAGAAUGAAGAGCCUGUUAGCGAUUCUUUGAGAGAGCAACUGACACUCAGUAUACCUCACAUGUAA